CUUCCAAGGGGAAUUUUAUUCUCAGUCAAGUGUGUGUCUCGCUCUACCUUUGACAAGAGAAGAGUGGCCAGGAACGGAAUAUUCCUUCGCAAUAUUUGUUUGUCUGAACAGCAGCGUCUUUAUAAUAGUAGUCAUAGGCCAAAUCUGCAUUUGCAAAAGCAUGAGAAAAAGUGGUCGCCGUAUUAGCUCCUCACAGAACCGUCAACGAGAGAUGACUGUAGCAAUUACUCUGUUCUUUGUUGUGGCCACAGACUUUUUCUGCUGGUUUCCGAUUGGUGUCAUGGGAGUAUUAGCAAAAUGUGGAGUACGAAUCCCAGAUGACGUGUAUGCAUGGGUGAUGGUGUUCGUGCUGCCUAUGAACGCCGCUAUCAAUCCGUUUCUGUACACUGCUACAGCUAUUUGGAGGAAAAGACGGAAGGUACCGACAACGAUGAUGAUACCGAAAGAUCCGCCAGCAGAUAAACAUCAUCGGUAAACAAAGUCCAUCAGUGAGAAACAGCCUGCUAUGUCCACGGCUGUAUAUACAGUUCAGUCGGUAGAUAAUCAACUUCAGAACACAGACAGUGUCUGCCAGUAGAGAAUCAAACUCAGAGCAAAAAAAAGAGUGAAUCAGUUUGAGAUGCAGGUAGUGUAAGUCAGCAACGGAAUACAGACAAAAGGAUAUCAUGUUACAUUUGUAUAAUACAUAUUGACUAUUACUUAACCUAUCUGAUUGCUUUAGUUUGCUCGGUGAUGAAAAUGAAGAACCAUGUUUUGUGAAAAAUUGUUUUUGUUCUUUUUAUCUUAACUUCAUAU